AUUGACUCCUGAUGUGGCUUAAAGUACAUCCGGUGCCGCCUGGCGCUCAAGCCCACGAUUCCCACGAGCCAUGAGAGCUCCUUCCACUCUGUCUCGGGAACAAUUUGAGAAAGCAUGCAAGAGUUUUAUUUCCGAUAGCGGGGUCGGGCUAGAGUAUCUACCCCAAGGGUGGGCAUGGACCGAACACCCACGAUAUGCGGGUUUGGGCUUUAUGCAGCGCAUUACGACCAUAAGGAGCCGCGUGUCCUGUGACUCACAGAUAGAUACUGAAAUAGAGGAUGAAUUGGAGGACAUAUAUGAUCCAGCCGUCUUCCUUUCGGGACAACUCUCCGAUGCGCCCAUCAUCAAAGUGUACGAAAGUGUUGUCUUGUCCACGACUUUCAAAGUCCCUGCCUUCUACUUCUCGGCAUUCAGAGAAGACGGCACCCCGCUGGACCUCGGGAAGAUCAUCGGCGCAGGAUACCUCAGAGGCACGGUUGACGGAGUUGAUUCUAGCUCAAACUCAGUGAUGUUACCCUCGCCAAACGAAGAAGCAGCCACGUUCCCUCUGCUCAGUCAAGGGGAUCAUCCAGUCCUCGGCACAUCUUCUUGGUAUCUUCAUCCUUGUAAUAUGGCACAUGCGAUGAGGCCGCUCCUGGACGACAUUGUUGGGGACGAAUGGGUAGAAGACAAACCCGAUCGAGGACUCUUCAGAUGGUUGUCGACGUGGUUCAUGAUAAUUAACAGCGCAGUUAACAUAGUGCAAUUAUCGGAAGCAACAUCCUCGUUUAACAUGGUCCAUUGCUAACUUCAAGCAAGCCAAGACAUCGCAUCAUUGUACUCCCCUGUUCUGCUCCAGAAGCUGUGAGGAUGAUGAAUGGUUGUUUCCCAGCGUCUCACUUCAUCACUCACCCAGCGCCAAGUAUCCCGCCUGUUGAUAGGAAGUCAGCAUCCUUUCCGAUCACAAUCCAUUCCGGAUUGGGAGUGCCUGUUCGCAAGGGGAACGCCCGUAGUGCACGCUCAUAUCCGUUUGCAUCGAAUGCACAAAUGUAUAAAUGUUUCUGGUCCAUAAAGAGCAAUGCUAUC